UCUCUCUCUCCCUCUCUCUCUCUCUCUCUCUCAUCCGUCCGUGAAGAAAAGCAUCCAAAGCAGCUAGAAGGAAGGUCUCUCCAAUUCCCAUCGCCAUCUCCGCAGAACCAUGGGCGAAGACGAUACCAUCGGUUUUGAGGCCUUGAGGCAGACGCUCGUGUACUGGAACAUAGAUGACUACCCAAUCCCUACCGAUGAUCUUGAUCCUGUUUUUGGCGAUAUCUUAAAAGCUCUUCAUGUAAUGGGCUUUCGUAAUGGGUAUAUAGACGUGUAUCUGUAUUCUGAGCAAAUCAACUGCGAGGCCAUAGUAACUAAUGACUUCUUAGGCCAAGGCGAGUAUUAUUGUGCUUUUGGUUACAAAGUGCUCGAUAUCACUUUGUAUAUGAUUCGUCACGCAUCGUGUAUUGGACCAGGACCAGCGAAUUAUUUUGUAAUUGCAAAACCAAAAAGGGAGUUACAUAGGGUUCUGCACUGUUUGCAAUCAAGGCGUCACAAUGUUCUUCUAGUAAAGCCGCCGCCCCCUGAUGAAGAAUUUCUCUUUAGUGUAGCCUCUCUACUUGAGAAUGCUCGAUUUUUAGGUGGAGGAAAGCCUAGAUUCAAAGAAUUAUAUGCUUCUCAUGCGUCUGAGUAUGAUAUCUCCUUUGAAAAGUAUGUAGAGAUCAAAGAAGAUGUCUCCAAGAUGGUAGAUUUCUCCGAGCGUAUCCCAACCGUCAGAGGGCCUAGGACAGCCGUCUUCUGGGAUGCCGUGGAUUACCCUUUCCCUCCUUCUUCCACUCCUGAUGAGAUCUACCACUCUAUCUCAUCAGCUCUUGUUGAAAGGUAUUUUAGUGAUAAUAUUACUAUCUGGGCCUAUCUUGAUGAUGAUGAUGAUGACAAGAAAGGGUCUGCCUUACUGGGUGGUGACAAGACGUGGACUUCCAGAAUCUACUUUCUUCCCGGAGGGGAUAAAGCCUCGAGACGUAUCAGAAUGUUAAAUGACAUGUUUUUAUUGGCAAGGGACUCUCCUCAGUGCAGUAGUUAUGACGCUAGUUUGGUCCUGUUCGCAGAUCAGUUCAUAGGUGCCGCCUACUACAUCAAUAUGCUUCAAAGAUUGGAUGACAUUCGUUACCAUAUUCUCUUAGUCACUCCGACUCUGGACAUCAACAAACCCGAAACCCCUCAAUGGCCUGGAUUGCUUAUAGAUAGAGGCGCAGCCACUUUUGCUCUUGAAACUUGCAAAAUCUCUGAAGAACCUCCUAGCCCCAAAAAGCAUGAAGCCCUUGCCGCCGCUGAAGAAGAAGAAACACGUAAGACGCUUCAAAUGAUAUGA